AACGGAAGUGACGCUGUUGAUCUAGGGCGUCAAGAAUGCCUCUAUGGUUCUUCUCCUGUUUGUGAAGGGGGAAAUGGCCGCUGUGCAGCUACGACGGAGAUAAGUGCCGGGAUAAACGUUCGGCCCGUCAGGAAUUGGAAUUUAGACUUUAAAUUUCUGAGAUUAUCUCCAGGAAGAAAUUUACAGUGUUUCAAAGACAUCACUUGACAACUUGCUACUUAUCCGAACCCAAGCUGGAGUUAAGCAUUUGUAUUGGCCAUGAAAUAACAUGUAAUUUGUUGCUGCAAUCUAAUAUAAUUUAACAUCUGACUCCUGCAGCUACUGCUUUUUUUGGAUUGAGAUAUACAGGAAUAAUCCCCUGGAAGAAAUGGGUCGUUCCAACUCUAGAUCACAUUCUUCAAGGUCAAAGUCCAGAUCACAAUCUAGUUCCAGGUCAAGGUCCAGAUCACAUUCUAGAAAGAAGAGAUACAGUUCUAGGUCCCGUUCCAGGACAUAUUCACGAUCUCGUAGUAGAGAUCGUGUUUAUUCUAGAGAUUAUCGGCGAGAUUACAGAAAUAAUAGAGGAAUGAGAAGGCCUUAUGGGUACAGAGGAAGGGGUAGAGGGUAUUAUCAAGGAGGUGGUGGUAGAUAUCAUCGAGGUGGCUAUAGACCUGUCUGGAAUAGAAGACACUCACGGAGCCCUAGACGGGGUCGUUCACGCUCCAGGAGUCCAAAACGAAGAUCUGUGUCUUCUCAGAGAUCUAGAAGCCGAUCUCGCCGGUCUUACAGAUCUUCCAGAUCUCCAAGGUCAUCUUCAUCUCGCUCAUCAUCCCCAUAUAGCAAAUCACCUGUCUCUUCAAAAAGACGAGGGUCUCUUGAAAAGCAGACCAAAAAAACUGAAGGGGCUCCCCAAGAAGAGAGCCCUUUGAAAAGCAAAUCACAGGAUGAACAGAAAGAUACAUUUGAACAUGACCCCUCUGAACCCAUUGAUGAUUUUAAUAAAUCAUCAGCAGCAUCUGGUGAUAUUUGGCCUGGUCUUUCAGCAUAUGAUAAUAGCCCAAGAUCACCUCAUAGCCCUUCUCCUAUUGCUACACCACCUAGUCAAAGUUCAUCUUGUUCAGAUGCUCCCAUGCUCAGCACAGCCCACUCUGCAAAAAAUACUCCUUCUCAACAUUCACAUUCCAUACAGCAUAGUCCUGAGAGGUCUGGAUCUGGAUCCCUUGGAAAUGGUUCUAGUCGCUAUAGUCCCUCUCAGAAUAGUCCAAUUCAUCAUAUACCUUCACGAAGAAGCCCUGCAAAGACAAUCCCACCACAAAAUGUUCCAAGGGAAGAAACUAGAAUACGUUCUUCAUUUUAUCCUGAUGGUGGAGAUCAGGAAACUGCAAAGACUGGAAAGUUUUUAAAAAGGUACACAGAUGAAGAGUCUAGAGUAUACCUGCUUGAUAGGGGUAAUACCAGGGAGAAAGAGGCCCCAAAGGAGAAAGGAACAGAAAAAGGGAGGGCUGAGGGAGAAUGGGAGGAUCAGGAAGCUUUAGAUUAUUUCAGUGAUAAAGAAUCUGGAAAACGAAAGUUUAAUGAUUCAGAAGGGGAUGACACAGAGGAGACAGAGGAUUAUAGACAGUUCAGGAAGUCUGUCCUGGCAGAUCAGGGUAAAAAUUUUGCUACUGCAUCUCACCGGAAUGCUGAGGAGGAAGGAACCAAGUACAAAUCUAAAGUUUCACUCAAGGGCAAUAGAGAAAGUGAUGGAUUUAGAGAAGAGAAAAAUUAUAAACUUAAAGAGACUGGAUAUGUAGUGGAAAGGCCUAGCACUACAAAAGAUAAGCACAAGGAAGACGACAAAAAUUCUGAGAGAAUAAUGGUGAAGAAAGAAACUCAGUCACCUGAGCAGGUAAAGUCUGAAAAGCUCAAAGAACUCUUUGAUUACAGUCCCCCUCUACACAAGAAUCUGGAGGCGAGAGAAAAGUCUACCUUCAGAGAGGAGAGUCCACUUAGGAUCAAAAUGAUAGCCAGUGAUUCUCAUCGUCCUGAAGUCAAACUCAAAAUGGCACCUGUACCUCUUGAUGAUUCUAACAGACCUGCUUCCUUGACUAAAGACAGGCUGCUUGCUAGUACACUUGUCCAUUCUGUCAAGAAGGAACAAGAAUUCCGGUCCAUCUUUGACCACAUUAAGUUGCCACAGGCCAGCAAAAGCACUUCAGAGUCAUUUAUUCAGCACAUUGUGUCCUUGGUCCAUCAUGUUAAAGAGCAAUACUUCAAAUCAGCUGCAAUGACCCUAAAUGAAAGGUUCACCUCAUAUCAGAAGGCUACUGAAGAACAUUGUACCCGGCAAAAAAGCCCAGAAAUACACAGGAGAAUUGACAUCUCUCCGAGUGUCCUGAGGAAGCAUACCCGCUUAUCAGGAGAAGAGAGAGUUUUUAAGGAAGAAAAUCAAAAGGGAGAUAAAAAAUUAAGGUGUGAUUCUGCUGAUCUUCGACAUGACAUUGAUCGUCGUAGAAAAGAAAGAAGUAAAGAACGGGGGGAUUCCAAGGGCUCCAGGGAAUCCAGUGGAUCCAGAAAGCAAGAAAAAACUCCUAAAGAUUACAAAGAAUACAAAUCUUACAAAGAUGACAGUAAACAUAAAAGCAGAGAGCAAGACCGUUCUCGAUCUUCAUCAUCUUCAUCAUCCUCUUCCUCAGCAAGCUCUCGAGAAGAAAAAGAAAGUAAGAAGGAAAGAGAAGAAGAAUUUAAAACCCAUCAUGAACCAAAAGAAUAUUCAGGCUUUACAGGAGUCAGCCGACCCAGAGGAACUUUUUUUCGAAUUAGAGGCAGAGGAAGAGCCAGAGGAGUUUUUGCUGGGACAAAUACUGGUCCAAACAACUCAAAUACUACUUUUCAAAAGAGACCGAAGGAAGAGGAAUGGGAUCCAGAAUAUACCCCAAAGAGCAAGAAGUACUUCUUGCAUGACGACAGGGAUGAUGGUGUGGAUUAUUGGGCCAAAAGAGGAAGAGGCCGUGGCACUUUCCAACGCGGCAGAGGGCGGUUUAACUUCAAAAAAUCAGGUAGCAGUCCAAAAUGGACACAUGACAAAUACCAAGGGGAUGGGAUUGUUGAAGAUGAAGAAGAGACCAUGGAAAAUAAUGAAGAAAAGAAGGACAGACGCAAAGAAGAAAAGGUAGAAAAUUCCAACUUGUCAGUGAAUUGAAGAGCAGAUUUCCAUCAGUGUGGGCUAGGAGGGUGAUGAUUUGUUAAAACUUAGUAAAUCUAAUUUUAUAAACAGAGCUUGCUAUGGUUUAUAUAUGGUAUGUAGUUUCCCCCCCCGGCUCUGUUAAUCUUCACUUUCUGUGUUUUUUUUAUUAUAGGAAUAGUAAAUCUGAAGUAAGAUUGCAACUGAGAGCAGAACUUGCACCCACCAUUUUUUUACGUGAUUUUUUUGUUUUCAAAAACGAAUGUAAGCAUUUUACUUAAAUUUUACUGUUUGCAAGUAGUCUGUAGAAUUUUUGUUUUAAGUCUUUAAAUAUCUCAAUAAUAGUAUAGUGUAUGUUGAGGAUUGUACUGAAGCAAAGUAGAAAGUUGCUACGUACCAUAUUUGUAACUAUCAACUUUUAAAAAAAAAAAACUUUUACUGUUUUUGUUAUAUGCAUUGUAAUUCUGCUUUGUCUAUAAGAUAUGGUCAAGUACAACUCUGUGAAAGUUCUGAUUUUUUCCCUUCCCCUGUUUGUCAGUGUUUUAUUCCUAAGUAAACUUUAGCCCUAUAUACAAAUCCCUGAACAGAAAUUGUUUAUACAGAUCAUUAAUUAUUUUAACAGUACACAGCUGUUAGCAUCUUCCUUAAGUAGAACACAUUUACACUGUAGGGUGACCAGUCUUUGAAGUAUACCACAGAACAAAUUGUGUUGCUUUGGUGAACUAAUAAUAAAGUUCAGCACUACAGUGAAUUUCUAAACUGGGGAAAAUACCAUUUUUGCUCAGCCUAACAGUUGAGAAGUAGAAAAGGUAAGCACUUCUCAUUAUAUACAUAAUAUUAAAAUCAGAAUAGAUAGUUUGAUGAAAUGGUUUUCUGCUGAGACUACUAAAUACAAAUCUAGGAAAACUUUAGAGCCCUUCCUCUUUUGCUUCAAAACCCACUGUUGGCACUCUUUGGGGACUGAUUCAUGGUCAAUGGACAAUCAGCUACUCUGAGGAAUGAAGUUGGUCUGUAAUUAACAACAUUAUAGAUAAAACUACCUAAUUUGUACUAAGUUAAAAAAAAAAAACCCUUCAAUGGUCAUAUAAUGCGGAAACUUAGGAUAGGGAAGACCCUAUGAAAAACUUUUCAUACAGAUGUUUGCAGAGCUGAAGUAUUUAAUGGAAAGAAAAUAGUAACAUUUUAAACAUGAUUUUAAAAAGUGGAAUGUCUUAAAUUACAAAAUCAGUUACAUAUACAUUAGGCAAUAAGAACAAACUUACUGGCUAGAAGUGUUUUGAAUAAUUUGUUUUUCAAAUGUCACCAAUAAAAAAA